ACACAACCUAUAUGCAUCGCGAGCCGCGACCGGGUCUCAAUAACUUAAGUCCAUGACAGACGACGAAGUGGUAGAAACUUCAGAUCCGGAGGAGUUGGAAGAGCUUGCUGCUUUUGCGCGGCGUACUUGGAUAUCUCCUAAGGUCGUCACCGCUGCGAAUAAAGAGUCGAACUUGAACAGCCCUCCAAGGAAACGUACAAAGCUAUCACAUGGUGGCCCUGUUGUUUCAGUGCUCGCUGCAGGGCCAAGCCCUUUACAAAGGUCUACCUUUCGACUUGCUCCUAAGCGACUUUCGAGCCCUUCUUCACCCCUUCUUCAACAUAUAUUGGAUACAAGUCAAAGGGAAACUCUGGAUUCUGGUGCGUCUGGACAACAUUUUGAAGCAGAGGAAGAUAUAAGUGCUGGGCCAGAAGAUUCACAGGACCCUUUGGAUUUUCUCCACAGUUAUGAGACUCCAUCCCCCGGGCCAAUGGCUAGUAGCUCCCAAGCAAACCAACGCCUAUUCUCAUCUUCUCCUUUAUCCUUGAAUGUACAUCGUCGUCCAUCGACACCUCCCUCGUCAGCUCCUGCACCUGGUCUGCCAAAGUUACCACUACAUAGUCCACAGCCUAAAUUCCGUGCCACUUUUUCCCAAUCCCCCGAAGCUUCAACGUCGACUCCUCCGUGUUCCACUUCGAUUAACACAGGAACCUUCCAUGACGAUCUUGACGGUCUAUCCCAGUUUUCACCUCAGAAUCCUCCUGAACCAAACAUGCCGUUGUCUUCUCUCACUCCUACCUCGUCGCCAAGGACCAACCGUUCCAGUCCUCCAAAAAAUGUUUCUUCUCCUCGCUCUCCACAUUCACCGCCAGUCAUACUCCCCGAAGAACGCGAAGCUCUUGAGCGCGAAGGCUUCAAUCUCGCUCAGAACGAGUCCCGCUAUUCUUUCCGUACUCGAAGUAUUCGUCAAGUCAAACCGUAUGAAUAUGACAAAGCGCUCUACCAGAAUCAACUACGUGACAACCCAGACGCCAUCGUCAAGAUGAGAAGCCCCCGUCGCGGCGACCAUCACCACAGAACUCGCGAAGAACAUUAUGAAGAAGAGACUCAGGAUCAGGAAUACGUACAUACGGAGCAUCAUCGAAAGGAAACCUGGAGUCGGAGUCCAGAACACAUUUCACGGUUAGGAUUGCCUGAUCAACUGUCUAGUUCGGACGAUGAAGACAAGGAGAUGCGCGCGACCCGCAGAGAGUGGAAGAGAGUGGAGAGAGAAAGGAAGGCUCGUGAAAAAAGGGAGGCAGCUGCAGCCGAUGAAGAGCGCCGAGAGAAGCGGGUCAAUGAACCAUCGGUUUCGCGACACACAAGCACUGACAUCGUGGCUGAUCUUCCGAUACCAUCAUCGCUAUACAAAGUCGUGCGAUCGCUGUCGCCCAGUCGCGCUGACCCACACUCUACCUUCCCGCCACCCCAUUCUAUGGCGUCUACCAGGUCUUCCCCAGCCCCAAGUGCUCCUGACUUGUUCAAUGAUGGCGAACCAAUGCCAUCCAACACGUACGACGCUCCAAUUGUCAUCGAAGAUGAUCCUGUUGGUCGUUCACAAUCUCCUGAUAACGAACCUACCCCAGAUCAGAAUGCUUCUCCCAGUGGCAGCGAUUCAGAAGGUGACUUAAACUCAGAAGACCGAAAACGAAUGAAAGUUCUCAAACGAAUGUACCCGGCUUUCAUGUUGGGAAAAUUUGGCGAGCGAAAUACUGCUGCCAAGGGCCGCAAAUUCCGGCGCCAAAGUUCUCCUGUAUCAUCAGGUAGAGAGGCAGAGGAAGUCAAUAUCCUUCCAGGACAAAGCCGUUCUAGGAUAGCCAAGGAGCCGCGGUCGAACAGACAAAUUCUCGGGGACUCGGAGAGUUCAGAUGAGAAAUCGCACGUUCCAAAAAGUGGAAGUGACAGGGACAAUGACAACGGCGGCGGCGAUGAUGAUGUACCUCGCAUUGUUGACGACGACUUAUUUGACUUCGAGACCGUGCAUGCUGCGCUAGACGUUAUCGAGAUAUCAGAUACGUCGGAUGACGAAGUCUUCCAUGGGGACGAUUACAGACAUACUGGACAACGACCAUUUUCUCAGCCCAAGAGGAGAGACAUCCUCAAAGAGAAGGACGUUAUUGACUGCAUGCUUGAUGGUGAAAGGCAGAGGCCCAAAAAGUCAAGAAAGCGUCAUCCAGCUUCGUCUACGGGGAUUCAGCCUACAAGUAGAAAACACCGAUCAUCAUCGGUAUAUCAUUCUGCUACGGGACAUCGGAGCAGCGGAAAGGGACGUGAACGUCAGACUAAGCUGACUUUUCACCAAUCAGAGAAGCUUGCAUCCUCACGACACAGGCUUGCCUACCGAUCGUCUGACUCCGCUGUGGAACCUUCGGCUUCUGAUGGGAACGACGAGCCUCGAGUGCAGUGCAGAGACACCGAAAAGGUGGCCAAGGAGAAGAAGAAAAGGAAAGAACAGCGUCGGGACAAGAAUGGACUAUAUAUUUUUACGGCAGCCAAGGGUACCAGGAUAGCGAACGGAUCCGGAAAACGAUCCUACAACGUAUCACUUAACGUCGACUUGACCGAUGAGGAUUUCAACAAUGCAUUAGCGCCAUCUUCACAAAGUGGUGUCAAUCGUAGAGCAGAUGCUCUUCAGCACAAACCGCGCCCAUCCGCCUUUUAUGACCAUGAACCGCAGAUCGAAAUCGGCGGUUCCCAGCAUGGUUCGAGUCAUCAAGGUCGUCCGACAAAGUUCCCUGUGGACGUACCGCUCCUAUCCCAAGGUAUCUCCUUUGCACGGGAUAGCUAUGUUGGGAAAGGGUGGCUUUUUGAGCUAAUGCACUGUCAGUCGCUCGACUCGCAAGUUCCCGACCCAACGCAUUACUCCUUCCAGGGAAUUACCCUCGCCCCAGACAUGUCUAUUUCUCAGUUCGCUGACGUGCUUCCAAAGAUAUGGGAAGGUCUGUUUAACUUUGCCGUCGACAUACCCGACAUGGAUGGUGACGUAACGAUCAAAGGAUGGAAUGGUCUAGCACGUACAGCGUCUCUUCAGCUGUCUCGGCAACUCCGUAUCGGCGCGGAGGAUAAUGCAGGCCUACGAGCGGCUGUCCAAGACGAGAUUAGCCGGCUCUUGGAAAUGACGCGCGCUCCAGAAUUCAUCGCGGCGUCAACGGAGAUUCCCGCAUUGAAUCUUUGCUGGUUAGCUGUCGAAUGGUCCGUUCGCCUCGGUUUUCGCUUGCCUCUUGCUCCAGAAGAUAACAACCCGCUACUAACGUCAAUAUCUCGCUUAGUUCAAUGUUUAUCCCAAUACGGUCUGCAGCACAGCAUGGCUUCAAUCCCGGAGAGCGGCCCUUUCGAGACUGUGACAAUUGCUACUCGCACUGUUGAGUUGUGGACAUGUGUCUUCCAUGUUGCUGAUACGUUCCGAGAAACGGCGCGAGGUUCCAAUAGUGGCCUCCAUCCCUUCUGGCAAAUCGUGGAACGAGACAUAUUAUCGGAGCCGGUUGGCGCUACCCAUCUGCAGGUUAGUGAGUGGAUAUGGUCAACGGUGUCCAGUCUUUGUGCGCUGUCCCAGUUCUCGUUGCAUGGGUCUACAGUAUCUUCCCCUCAGGCUCCGGGCGCGUGGAAAAUCGUCACCAAGGCCCUGAAAACAAUUUGUCUCGUCGAAAACAAAGUCCGUGAUGCUGCACUUCAGGAAGAGAGUAAGGCCAAGCGUGAUCAGUACAUCGGCACUGUUGUGCGACGUUGUUUUCAACUAUGGAGCCGAUGUCACUGGAAAUUGGACGACGUUUCUCCGACUUUGACUCAUCUAGCCGACGUCUUCCGAAGUCGACAUUUCGCAAACUUGCGACAUGAAAAGUUUAAUUUACCUGGGUUCAUGCGUAACAACGACCUGUCUAUGCUGUCCCAAGUUCAAAAGCAUGACAGUGCCUUCGUCGUCUUCCUGAAGCUCAUCGUCCAGUUUGCACGUGAGACAAGACCCCCAGACCCCUCGGUCUUGCCCAUGAGGGUCAAGAAGUUUCUAUCUCUUGCUGUGCCUGUUGGAACCUUGGCAUUUUCUAAGCGCUCUCCGCCAAGCACCAGUGAGCUAUCAAUGUUGCAUAAUCGUCAUAUUGCGACAGCGAUAGCUAUCUAUCUGGACCCUGAAAAUCACGUUUCGCGGAUCGCACAUGCUCGGUCCUAUGUCAAAUUUGACGGGGCCGAUUUUGGUACGCGCUUGGUCGCCAUUCAGGCGUUGAUGCAUUAUUACCGUUUUAUGCUCGUGCUCAAACUGCCUUUGGCCGGAGUCACAGAGUGGUUACGGGCCAUCGUGGCCAUCGUAGUGAACGAAUAUGAUCCUGCAGUAGUCCCCCAGAGGCUUAACGAUACCGUUCUACCUGUUCAGACUGUGCUGCGAUGUGUACGUCGGAUAUUGGACGUUUAUAAUGAUCCUGCGACUCGCGAUUACCCGGAGCCCGAACUACUCCUGUGCAUCGCUAAGAUUGUGAGGAACAGCAAGUUACGCCAAGAAGAUUGGAUCGGAGGGGAGAUUGUAGAUAUACUUGUCCGAUUUUUUGAUGCAAGAGCUUCAGUCCUGCCUCCUCCUGAACGCCCUCUAGUACCAUCGACUAUGGAAAGUCAAGGGAGCCAAGAUGAAUACGGAAUGUUUGAUUUGGAUAUGGAUGAUCCGACCCUGUUGGCAGCUUUAGGAGACAAACCUCCGCCCACCACUCCCGAUUUCAAAUCUAAAGAUCAAGCCCUGUUCAAGUUCCUUCACGAAAUAUCUUGGAUACCAUAUCAAUUAUUGAGGAAGCUAUCGUCAUCUCUGAGGACUAAAGUUACUGACAUCGAUCGUUGUAUCACAACCUGGUUGGGGUGUGCCUCUGUUGUCGUCCACAACGAUAAUGACAAGAGCUGGGCAACGUACUUCAAAUUAUUAGACACUGUUGUCAAUCUUAACGGCGACACUUCCUGGAAAUACUAUGUCCACCUGCAAGGACUCUGUUGUAUGCUCGAACUUGAUCCAAUGAUAUAUGAAUGGGGAAACAGAUUCUUCGAAGCAAUGCUUGAGUCUUUAGUUCCUAUCAGCGUCACCGUUGAGCACCGGUUCUUGUCCCGAAUAUUGAACAUAGAUCGCUGUCAUCACCCUCUCUUGAAGGAUGUUCCUUUUCAGCUAAAAGAUGACGGCGACUACCAUAUAUCUGAGGAAGACUUCGUAUCCUUACGUCCGAUCUUCGUGAAAGGCAUCCUUUCUGUCCUCAACUCAAGGCUUUUGGUCCAGAAUUUGGCAAAAGAGAAUGAACUCUUUGUUGGGUAUUGCAUAAACCUUUUUUCUCGGAUGCGUAGUUCUUACUCGUCCCUUGAGUCUGGGUCGGAAGGCCUUCACCAAUAUGAGACAUACUGCCAAGAAGUAACGCAGGAAUUUCUCCAGCAGCCUUUACUACGCUCGCAUAAACGGCUGGACUACUGGUCUGCUUGGUCGAGGGGAAUCGGAAGUCCGAGUCGGUAGCUUGGAGAUAGAAGGAUCUUGGUUUCAACCAUGUGUUGAUGAUAAUCAUGACGAUUGAAGCAAGUAUCAAUCUUUGAUCUAGGCUUUUUGAAAACUACGUCCGACAACCGUUUUGUUCAGCGCCGAAGUGUAAGACAUAAUAUUAACUGUCCUGCAUCGGGAUACAGUAGCGCCGUCUAAAAAUCCUUCUGGGGGAAUUAAAUGACCAUGCGCCUUCAUCGGGUCGUUUGUUUUUCC